AUGGAAGCACUGACAGCAACGGCAGCAGGGUCAUCAGGGGUAUCGGAGCACUACUACGACUCGGACUCCUUCGUCAUAGCGGUAGACAAUUGCUCCAGCCGAUGCAUCACCAACUCAAUGAUGGACUUUGUGGGCACGCCGGAGCGCAUCAAUGUGAGAGUGAAAGGAAUAGGAGGAGAUGGCGCUGCCACCUACCGCGGAACAGUCAGGUGGAUCAUUCAAGACGAUUCCGGAGCUACGCACACUUGGCUGAUACCAGACACGUAUUACCACAAGAAGUCGCCCUAUCGCUUAUUGUCCCCGCAGCACUGGGCACAAACGAGGCAAGACAACGACAAGAGAGGCACGAUGUGUGCGACCUACUACGACGCAGUGAAGCUGUUCUGGGACGACUGUAAAUUCGUCCGUACCGUCCCACUUGACGGCUCAUCGAACAUCGCGCUGAUAAGGUCUCAGCCAGCGUACUUGCGAUUCAAUUCCUUCUGCAUGAAGAUAGCCGACACUGGAGACGCUAGUCACUUGGACGAGAGGGAACUAUUGAGUCUGCCGGCAGUACAGCUAGUCUCUGACGACGAGAUGACCGACGAUGAGUCAGUGGCCGAUGAUAUGGAGAACAGGCUUCAUCCGGACCUACCCGAUGUAUUGUUCGAUGUACAGCAACACACGGAUGAGUUCCGCAACAACAACAGUGAGGCACCGUCAAAGCCAACGUACAGCGUCGUGCCUGAGGAUGAGGACGUGCAAUACCAAUCACCACAGGCAAGGUUCUUAGCGCUCCACUACAAGCACGCGCACUUAUCGCCGGAGAAGAUGAAAGCACUGGCCCGCAGAGGCCAGCUGCCAUCCGCGAUCCUAAAGUGCGACAUGCCGAAAUGCAGUGCUUCCCUGGAGCCGUAG